GUGUUCCUCGUUGAAGCGCGACGACCAUAUAAGACACCCCCCAAAGUCGCCUCUUUUCGCCAUCAUCGAUCGCCUCCAUACAUCUCAAUCGUCUACGAAAAUCCUAUCCCUUUGAUCGCUGGAGAAGCUUUCCGAUUUCCAUUGAUCGGCUGCAAAUCUUUGAUCGGCGGUUGAUGAUGAAUUGAUCAUGGACAUUCCUCCGUAUUUAUGUUGGGAAGCAUAUUGUCUUUUAUGCCAUAAGCAAUCUUGAAUCAUUGAGUCGGGGCACGAGGAGGCACCAAAGAUGGUCCGGAAUAUAGACCUUAAUUUUCCACCUGUGGAGAGUAUCGAAUAUCCGGAGCCAGAAAACAUUUAUCGUGCUUGUCAACAACAAGUGUCUUACGUGCCACCAAGUUCUGCUACUAAUGUAGAACUGACAGAGAAUGAGGUUGUAAUCCUUUCUUCUUCAGGAAGCUUACCCAUGGGAAGGAACAUUAACAAAAGGAACCAGUCUGUUAUGAUGAACUUGAAUCAAGAUCUCGAGUUAAAUCUGAGAAGGUCAGUCACCGCAGAGGAACACGCGAGAAGUUCAUCUUGUUUCGCUUGCAAGAGGCCAUUUAGAAGUUCAACUAGUGGGACAACUGCCAAUUAUUAUCCUUAUCAUGAUUUGGAAGAUGGGCAUGAUGCAAGGAGUAAGAAACUGGUGACGCCUGAGCCACAACUUGUGAAAGUAAUUGUGAAGCCGCACACCUGUUCAAUCUGCAUGGAGGAAUUGGUAGAGGCAGCAUCGACUAUUUGUGGCCAUAUUUUCUGUGUGACCUGCACAAAGUCCUUCAUAAGGAUACAAAAGAAAUGCCCAACUUGCAGGAGGAAGCUUAACAUGAGAAAUUUCCACCGUGUUUACCUUCCUAAUUAAAAUAAACUUCAAAUGCUGUUCAUUUUUGUGUUGCUUUUCAAUCUUCUUUUCUCAUCCUAUUUUAUCCCCUUUUUGCCUCGGUAGAGGGACUCUUGUUCUAGAUAUUCUAGAAUAUAGGUUAUAGAAAAAAGAAUAAUUUUCUUGGGUUGCAAUGAUAUAUGAUGAUAGAAAAGAAGAUUUAAUGCUGGAUGUACUCUUUACAUUGUAGCUCAAUGUCUGUUAUUUUUGAGUUAUAUCAUUUGUUUCUUUUUUUGGAUC